AUGCCAAAAAAUCGGUUUAACUUAACGGGUUCAUUUGAGCUCUUCGCGGAUGACGAUACUUCUCAGCACAAUUUCGGAGGAGAAAGGAACGUUUUUAAAAGGAGCGCCCAGACGGGGGCGAGCUGUGAAGCAAUCCUUGGCAAAUUAAGGUUAGACGGACUUUCUACAUCCACGGCACCUGAUUUGCAAAUGUCAUCGACGAGUUUGGCAGGCGAGGAAUCGCAGACAAGUCCAAAAACCGAACCGCCUAGCUGGAAGUACUGUAAUGAAACGAGAAUGUGCUACAUGCAGAAAUUCAACAUCGAUUCAACUCGUGAUGAAGCAGAAAAGUAUUGCAAUGCCUACAAUGGACACUUAGCAUCCAUUCAUUCCAAGGAACAGAAUCAAUUUCUUUUAGGCAGAUUUGAGGGACCGUGUGACCCUUCGCUUCGUGAAAAACAUUGGUUGGAUGGUUCGGAAGUCAACUUCCAAAAUUGGAGCGAAGAACAACCAAACAAUCUAGAGUGUAAUGAAAACUCUGUACUUAUGGAUACGAUAGGAGAGUGGUCCGACUAUCCGGAUGACACAACGACUUUCUUCAUUUGCCAAACUGAAGACAUUUCAUACUGCCCCCAGCGCUUGAGAAGCGGGAACUUUGAGCUUGAAACGCAGUCAACGAAAUCUGUGUGGUUAAAAUGCAGACAUCAAGUCACAUUACUACGAACCAAUACCAGUCACUACGAACCAUACAACAUGUCUCAGGAGCUCUAUACAUAUCUGCAAAGUGAUGGAACGUGGAUGAAUUAUGAUUGUGAUUUUUUCCAAUGUCUUCAUCUGUGA